AUGACCGCAGCCCCGGGUGUCACUGUUGACACCUCCAAAAAACCCACCUCCCCGUCGAACGCGACCGAUUUGCCCCAGCUUCCUCAAGGCAGCUCCCCCACAAACCAGAAUGGAGGAGACACAGAACGGGCCCCUCCACCAGUGACGGCCGAGUCGGCCACAACGACCACGAAGCAUGAAUCUACAGAAGCAGACGAGGUCGACGAUUUUGGCCUUCCUAUCCGCGCACGCCAGAAGCCCGAUCCCCCCACCAGCGUAACCCCCGCGACCGAAAAUGGCGACCACAAACCGGAGGUGGCAGCUGCAGGCUCGACAAGCUAUAGUGACGCUUUGAAGAAGCCAGUGGAACCAGAGCCAAAGGACAAGCCAGAACCGGAGGCGGUCCCUGAGCUGGCCAACGGGAACAAGGCAGAACAACCGGACAAGGAUCUGGAGGCACAAGACGGUGCUUCUGAAACUGCAGAGAAGUCACACCAUGCAGACGCUCCUAUUAGAUGCCGCACGUCGACCUCAAAGCCUAAGCCUAUCGAAAUGUCGGAAUGGUCCCACCAGCGACUAAACCAGCCACAACAAUCACGUCACGAGAGCGACGAUUCAGAGGAGGAACCCGAUGAAUGGCAAUCGAUGCCCGCGCUUGGAGAAUUCGACUACUACGAUGACUACGGGAGAUUGGUCGCCAAAGGUGCCAAGGAAGAAGACGAUGAGGCCGUAUAUCAAGGACUUGGAGGAGCUGGGAAAGGCUAUACCCGGGUGCAGCUUGAUGAAGAUGCCCAGUCUGCCACAAGUCUAGAUGAGGAUACAAGCUAUCUUUUCCGAGAGACAGGAGGAAACUCUGCUGGUCUGGUUGGCGAGGAGCUGCGAGACUCAAUCAGCCAGCUCCAGGCUACGAAAGACCUGCUCAAUGAGACUCAAAAAAUCGCAUAUGUGGGAGUUGUCAGGUUAUCCAUUCAUGCCAUGAAUCGUGACUUGUCCUCUAUUUCGACGACGAAAUCGACACGCAAAGUAAUGCAGAAAGCCUCAGAUGCCAUGAGGAAAUGGGGCCAGGCGAUCAUGGCUCGAGUUUAUGCUCAUAUGGAUAUCAAUUCAGCUGAGCAGAUUAUGAUCGAGCAACUUGCGGAGCAUGGCGUGCAACCAGAGGACCUGGUACCACCACUCAUGCAGAAUGCGCGAGUCAAAAACCCCAUGGCCGAGAGUGGUCCAAAAACUUCUAUGUCUACGGCGGAGUCUUCCGGUCUAAAACGAGACCGUCAGUCAAGGCUAUCUGCAGAGUCAGACCACUCUUCCGAAUCGGAUCCUCCGCCGCCUUAUGAAGCCGAGGCGACAGAGGAACCCCCAGAGGUCACGACUCCUUCUCAGAUGCCUACUACUGAUCGAAUCGAUAUUGACCUCCGAUGGACCGUGCUAUGUGACCUGUUCCUCGUACUUAUCGCAGAUUCGGCAUAUGAUGCUCGGUCACGGACGCUUUUGGAAAGAGUCGGUACAGCUUUGGAUGUAACAUGGCUGCAAAUUUCGCGGUUCGAGAAGCGUGUGACGGAUUCACUCGAGAUGCAAGAGCAAGCAGACAAAGAGAACUGGGACGAGUCAGACCAUAUGGAAAAGCGCCGCAAGAUGGCCUUGAAACAGAAGUAUAUGAUUAUGGGCCUGGCGACAGUGGGUGGCGGUCUGGUCAUUGGUCUUUCCGCCGGACUUUUAGCUCCUGUCAUUGGAGCUGGUCUUGCAGCUGGUCUUACGACUGUGGGUAUCUCUGGAACAAGCGCGUUCCUGGGAGGAGCUGGCGGUACCGCCCUGAUCGCCUCCAGUGCUACACUAGGCGGAAGUACUAUUGGUAUGAGGGCUUCCCAUCGCCGGACUGGUGCUGUUCAAACGUUCGAGUAUCGUCCUCUUCAUAAUAAUAAAAAGGUCAAUCUGAUUGUGACGGUGUCCGGAUGGAUGACUGGCAAGGUCGAUGACGUUCGUCUACCUUUCAGUACUGUCGACCCGAUCAUGGGUGAUAUUUAUUCCGUACUGUGGGAGCCUGAGAUGCUUCGAAGUAUGGGAGACACCAUCAACAUUCUGGCAACGGAGGCAUUAACCCAAGGCCUGCAACAAGUGCUGGGCAGCACCGUUUUGAUGGCUUUGAUGGCAUCAUUGCAACUUCCACUCGUACUCACCAAACUCGCAUAUUUGAUUGAUAACCCUUGGAUUGUGUCAUUGGCCCGCGCCAACUCCGCCGGUCUCGUCAUGGCCGAUUCCUUGCAAGAUCGAAAUCUUGGUAACCGGCCUAUUACCCUUCUUGGUUUCUCACUCGGCGCGCGCGUCAUCUUUUCCUGUCUCAAAGAGCUGGCCGAUAAGGGCGCCCAUGGACUCAUUCAGAACGUAUAUCUUUUCGGAUCGCCCGUUGUUGCAAACAAAGAUGAAUACCUGAAGGCCCGGAGUGUAGUGUCUGGCCGAUUCGUGAACGGCUACGCCACGAAUGAUUGGAUUUUGGGUUACCUCUUCCGAGCUACAAGUGGUGGUAUCAUGCGUGUGGCCGGUCUUGCGGCUGUGGAAGGUAUCCCAGGUAUUGAAAACUUUGAUAUCACCCCCCUCGUCAACGGCCAUAUGGACUACCGUACCGCCAUGCCUCGUAUUCUGCGAGAAGUCGGAUGGGAAGUUCUCGAGGACGAAUUCGCAGAAAUUGAAGACCCAGACCCAGAUAACCACGCCGAACGGCAGCGAGAACUUAUUCGUGAGAUCGACGAAGCUCGCCGAGAAGCCGAAGCAAAGCCAGAGAAGAAGCGCUUCGGUCUCUUCAAGCGUGGCAAAAUGGCUGAAAAGAAGAAAUGGGAGACCUAUGACAUUGACCGAAACAAUGCCCCGCGCGAUUCAAGCGAUACCGACAGCCCUGGCACAGUGCUCUUCGAUAUCGAAGCCAUUCGGACCGAGCUGGCCUCGGAGGCCAUCGAAGUUAAACAGUUAGAGUCGACCAUGCCUCCGAUGAAACUAGACCUAAGCCCCCAGCCCGAACCCGCUCAAGCUUCUCCUCCUGCGAAGACAUCAAAGACGCCAGAUACAUUAAAGACACCCGACCUUCCACCCGCCCGAACUCAUUCAGAGCCCCCACAUGCAUCGGGACAGUAUUCUCCUCACGGACCCAAUGAGCAUUCCACCCUACCAAAGGGCGAGCUUGAAAUGACCUUUGAUACCUCCUUCCAUGAAUCCCCAAGAUCUACCCAUGACCCUCUUGCUCGACCAGAGCUACGGUCCGCGUCUACGCUGCCUACAGUGCAUACUAUCGGUACAACGGCGGUUGGCGCAAUGGCUUUGGAGCCUAAUGCUUGGGCAGAUCAUGAUACCGGAAAUGGGGAUGGCGAGAUCUCAAUGACGUUCGAGUAA